CAAGUGACUCCCUUGUGGAACACCAGAAGGGGUCAAGAAAACAUCGGAACAAACACCCAAUACUUUGACUUUAGAAUAUCUAGCUAAUAAAUAGAAGUAUAGUCAUAACAAAUGCCUAACUGCCCUAACUUCCAAAUCCAGAUACAACAGAAACUUCAGAAGUACAAAAAGUAGAAACUGGGCAACUGGCUAUCGUUCAUCGAGUUCAAAGUUCUAGCAUUUAAAAGUCUUGUCAUUUUGUCCAUUGUGGACGACUGCAGGUUUUAUAGUUUUGAGAAUUGAGAUUACUGAAAUGGAGUUAAACACCAUGUAUGAUAUAAAUAUAGUUAGUCAAAUUGACGAAAACUGUGGAUUAUUUGUUGUUGUUGAACGAUUUAAUAGCGGUUCAACAGAAUAUUUUCAAAACUAUUAUAAACAACUUUUAGGUUUUAACAAUUGUAGCGAGUGGUUUGAAAAAAUUGACUAUCCUAUUAUCGAAACUGGAAAGGUAGUAAUUGUUCAAGUUGAUAAAAACCCCAUGGGUAGCCUAUGGACACGCGGUAUUAUAUCAAAAUGUCAUCAUCAUCACAAUUUAUGUCCGGAAAUUUAUUUGAUCGACUUUCAGAGAUUCAUUGACAAAGGCAACAUGUUUGAAUUGAGAACAUGUCCACCCAAAUUUUUGCAGCUUAUACUUCCAACUUACUAUAUUGAUAUAGAUCUUUGUUUAAAUGAUGAUGAUUUAAAAAUUGCAAUCACAAUCUUGAUGAAAAAAAAUCAGUAUGGUGAACUAAGUUUCAGUUUUAUUCCUCAUUCUUUUGAAAAUAAUGUUUACUCGGGUAUAUUAAUUGUAAACUAUAAAGUUAAUAACUUGAAUAUUCCAUUAAAAAAAUUAUUAAAAAAUAUUCACACUAAAAAAAUUUUUGCAGAAAUUCCCCAGUACAAAAAUCAAGUAUAUUCAAUUUUCAAUCCAAUAAAAUUAAAAUAUUUGAAAAAAAUUUUUAUACCAAGAGAACCAAAUGAUAAGGUAUUUUUAAAAAAUAAUCUAGUUUUGAGUUGCUGUGACUUAAGUGUUCUUAGUGAUUCAAAUACAAAUCUGUCAUAUAAUUCUAUAAAUGAAUUUUCCUCAAAUUCUAACUACUCUGAAAAUAUCUGCUUUAGCGAUGACUCAGAAUUAGAAAUAAAAAAAUUAGAAAAUAUUUGUGUUACUCCAUUAUCAAAACAAAAAGUUUACUCUUCUAAUAGUUCUUUGAUGAGUAAGAGUAGCUCUUCUUUACAAUCAAUAACUUCUAUUAAUAAUAAUAAUAAUAAUAAUUGCUCUAUGCCACAAAUAAAACAAUGUAACAAUUCUAUUGUCACGAGAAUGCCUAAAUUGAAAGAUACUAGAUGUCAGGAGAAUAACAAGCCAACUUUAACCCUUGAAGUAUUAGAAACACCUAAAAUACAAUUAAAAUCAAUAACUGACAUAAAAGCUAUGAAUACUACAAUGGAAAAUUCAGAUAUAUGGUGGUCUGAUGAUGACGAAAGUUAAUAACUUCUUAAUUAUACUCUAAAUAAGAAAACAUUAAUUUCUACUAAUUUAAUUAUUUUAAUACUUUUCGACUAAACACAAAUAAUUAUUUUGGACUUAUUUUAUUAUUUUCACUUUUGUAACAUUUAAU